CGCCGUCGCCGUUUGGCAAUCACGGCAACAAUUUUGUGUUUUUAUCUUCCCGUUCUUUGGAUUAGAAAAUAAAAACUUGUUUCUUUAAAAGUUUUAGGAUUGAAUAUAUCUUCCAUAAUGAUUGACGACGCAGUUAUUGAUGCAAUGGAGGUGCUGCACUCAUGCCGCUGCUGCCUGCGGCAGCCCCCGGACAAGGAUCUCAAGAAGCCGUACACCCACCUCGGCACAACAGAGAUAUAUUCGGACAUACUCGAGCAAUGCUUUGAUAUACGUCUGUCGCUAGACAAUGAUGACGAGUGUGGGAUCUGCGAGACAUGCGUGGAGCGCCUGCGAGACGCAUGCAUCUUCAAGCUCCAAGUGCAGAACAGCCAGGCGGAGCUACAGAAGCGACUGGAUCGAGUACUUCACGUUAUGGAUGGGGGACCUGAAGGCAGGUCCGAGAUGGAGGAACAGGACCAACCAAAUAGUGUCCCUAGAUCACAUGGUGAACCAGGAACUGAAGUGGAGCAACAACAAGAAGUUAUUGGUGAUUCUCUAGCAUAUCUUGAACCGGAUACUAAAUCAGAGUUGGAUGAAGCUGAUGGGGCCAAUGAUGAUUUUAUAUUGCAUGGUGAACCGCAGAUGGAAGUCGUUGUAGAACAAGAAGCAAAUAGCGAUCCUCUAUCACUUCAUGAACUGGAUGUAAAAUCAGAGUUGGAUGAAACUGAUGUGGCCAAAGAUGAUUUUAUAUCGCAUGAAGACUCAUGCAACUCGGCGCUGCAGAUGUCGCCCGAUGACACUUUCAGCGAUGGACAGAUAAUGUCAGUGUCACAGGAAGGCGCCGCUGUCGCGGGAGCGAUACCGGAGCGGUGUGCUUCUCGUGUCCGGGAACAAUUGGCAAUGGCUUGCUCCGUGAGGCUCGAGCGCCUCCGCAGCGACAUCGCUUCGCGCACAACCGAAACUGAUCAUGAAACUUGUGACCUCGCACUCACGACACACAUCGAGCGUAGCUUAGAGUUAACAUAUCAUAUUGAUCCUUCUUCUAUCCAUAAGGGUAUGGAGAAAAAAAGAUGCUUCUGUCCUGUAUGCGAAAGACUUUUCACGUAUAAAAAGAACUUACAAAUACAUAUGCGUCUUCACGAUGGAGACACACAUUACUCCUGUGAUAUAUGUAAAAAACUAUUCAUAAAAAAGAAUAUUUUAGAACAACAUAUUUUACGUGUGCACAUGGGAGAACGUUACGAUUGUAAGAUAUGCAAACAGAAAUUCUUUCAUAAAUCUGCGUUGAUACGACAUAUGGUUAGACACAAGGCAGAUAAACCGUCCAGCUGUAAAAUAUGCAUGAAAACAUUUUCACAGAAAAGUAAAUUAGACAGUCACACGUGCCAUACGGAGAAUCGAUAUUUCUGCGACUUAUGCAAUCAGGGAUUCUUACACAAAUCUGUCUUGUUAUGCCAUAAGCUUACACACGCCAGUGAAGGACCUUACUCGACUGAAGUCGACCCAAAACCGUUUGCACUGAAACGUAACACUCGUGUUAUAUUGCACACAGAAGGUGUCUCGUGUGAAGUCUGUAAAGAAGUAUUCAAACAUAAUUUUGAAUUAAAAUGUCAUAUGCCUGUACACACUGGAGAGAAACAAUACGCUUGUGAAAUAUGCCAAAAAAAGUUUUCCUAUAAAACAAAUUUUACACGGCAUUUUAAAAUUCACUUUAACGGAACAGAUUUUUUUUGUAAAGUAUGUAAAAUGACUUUUAAAGACAAAUGUUCUUUAAAAAACCACACCUGCACAGAGGCAAAUAAACGAUUUUUCUGCGAUAUAUGUAAAAAGGGUUUUACACGAAAAUCGGGGCUGAUUUCUCACAUGCUCUUGCAUUUUAGACAAAAUUCUUUUUCUUGUGAAAUAUGCCAAAGACAGUUUGCAUGGAAAGGUGCCUUGGACAAACAUCGUAAAAUUCACAAUGAUGAGAUGACGUUCUCUUGCGAAAUCUGUAAAAAAGGGUUUAAAGAUAAAUACUAUUUAAAAAUUCAUACCCUCACCCAUACUGGUAAGAAACCUUACACCUGUGAGACAUGCAAUAAACAGUUUGCACAUAAGUAUAGCUUAUAUUGUCAUCGUAAAAUUCACACUGGGGAAAAGCUAUACUCAUGCGAUGUAUGUAAAAAAAGCUUCACGACAAAAUCAGUGCUGAUUAACCACAUGACUUUGCAUUUUAAGUCUUUUUCUUGUGAAAUAUGCCAAAAACAGUUUGCACGCAAAGAUGCCUUGAACAGACAUCAUAAAGUUCACACUAAUGAGGAGACGUUCUCUUGCGAAAUCUGUAAAAAAAGGUUUAAAGAGAAAUACUAUUUAAAAAUUCAUACCCUCACUCAUACAGAUAAGAAACCUUACACCUGUGACACAUGCAAUAAACAGUUUGCACGCAAGAACAGCUUAUAUUGUCAUCGUAAAAUUCACACUGGGGAAAAGCUAUACUCAUGCGAUGUAUGUAAAAAAAGCUUCACGACAAAAUCAGUGCUGAUUAACCACAUGACUUUGCAUUUUAAGUCUUUUUCUUGUGAAAUAUGCCAACAACAGUUUGCACGCAAAGAUGCCUUGAACAGACACCAUAAAGUUCACACUAAUGAGGAGACGUUCUCUUGCGAAAUCUGUAAAAAAAGGUUUAAAGAGAAAUACUAUUUAAAAAUUCAUACCCUCACUCAUACAGAUAAGAAACCUUACACCUGUGACACAUGCAAUAAACAGUUUGCACACAAGAAAAGCUUAUAUUGUCAUCGUAAAAUUCACACUGCGGAAAACCUAUACUCAUGCGAUGUAUGUAAAAAAAGCUUCACGACAAAAUCAGUGCUGAUUAACCACAUGCUUGUGCAUUUUAAACAAAAGUCUUUUUCUUGUGAAAUAUGUCAAAAACAGUUUGCACGCAAAGGUGGCUUGAACAAACAUCAUAAAGUUCACAAUGAUGAGAUAACGUUCUCUUGCGAAAUCUGUAAAAAAGGGUUUAAAGAUAAAUACUAUUUAAAAAUUCAUACCCUCUCUCAUUCUGGUGAGAAACCUUACACCUGUGAGACAUGCAAUAAACAGUUUGCACACCAGACAAGCUUAUAUUGUCAUCGUAGAAUUCACACUGCGGAAAAGCUAUACUCAUGCGAUGUAUGUAAAAAAAGCUUCACGACAAAAUCAGUGCUGAUUAACCACAUGCCUGUGCAUUUUAAACAAAAGUCUUUUUCUUGUGAAAUAUGUCAAAAACAGUAUGCACGCAAAGAUGCCUUGAACAGACAUCGUAAAUUUCACAAUAAUGAGGUGACGUUCCCUUGCGAAAUCUGUAAAAAAGGGUUUAAAUAUAAAUACUAUUUAAAAAUUCACACCCGUACUCAUACAGGUGAGAAACCUUACACCUGUAAAGUUUGCAAUAAACAGUUUGCAACUGGAAGUAGCUUACAGACUCAUAUGAAAACUCACACGGUGGAAAACUCGACUUCAACUACUACUGCUGCUGGAGGAUUAUUCUGUUGCGAAAAAUGUGGUAAGUCUUACAAAUCAUAUAGGUCGUUCAUGUAUCAUAUGAAGACACACUUGGGAGUAUGUCGUCACUCCUGCGAAUUAUGUGAUAAAACAUUUCUACUGAAGGAAUCAUUAAAAGAGCAUAUGUCAAUUCAUACAGGAGAGAAGGCCUAUUCAUGUGAUGUAUGUCAUAAGCGAUUCAGAACAAAAUCAAUUAUGGGACAACAUAUGCUGGUUCACCAGGAACUCAAACAACAUUCUUGUCUAGUAUGCGAUAAACAGUUUAGACAUAAAUCUGCUUUAGCUAUGCAUAUCCGAUGUGUUCAUACAGGCGAAAAGCCGUAUUCUUGCGAUAUAUGCAAAAAGGCGUUCUCUAUGGUAUCUGCGUUGAAUAUCCAUUAUCGAUAUCAUACUGGAAAACGCCCGUAUACUUGUAAGAUUUGUGGUAAAAAAUUCGUUGAAUGUUCUGGUGUCAGGAGACAUCUUAUAAAAGUUCACAAGGAGCAAGCUACUAAUUAUGAGAAAACCUGAAUGUUAUUAAACUUAUUAAUCAUUUCUUAUUUCGUAAUUUGAUAAAGUUCCUGAAACUGUAUUUAUGUGAAACUUAUGGAUCUGAUUUACUAUAUAUGGCAUGUCUCUGUAGGGGUUUUCCAUGAAUUGCCCUACCUAUUUAGGUACCAUAGAGCGCUUCCACUAGAAAGUUUCAGAUAACUACAUUAUCUUAUCCUAAUUAAUAGUAGGAUUAUAAAAUAAUACGAA